AUGUCAUCUGAAACUAUGCGAUCCAAAACUCCUGACUCGUCUGCUGAUUGUUACGUGUUGUAUGAAAGUACACUGAAAGUAAAUCACAGUACUGUGAACAGAGCUGAAAAUGGGACUAAUUGCUGUAAACGGAAUUGCUACUCUUCGUAUCGAAUGGUUUGUAAUUGUGCGAAUCUAAAAACAGAGUAUCCAAGUUAUGCCACAGAAGAAAUUAGACUUUUCCAAGAGAUGCAGUCGCGAUUGAAGCCUAAUUACUCUCCAGAUGUAAAAUUCUGCAAUCUACGAGACGAGGAAAAAGCAGAUGAAGUCAAAGAUUCAAGUGAAGAAACUGGAUACUCCACAGAUUCAUUGGACUGUGAAAUAAUUUGGGUACAAAAAUCCACAUCUCCAGAUUCUACCGUUGAUCAAGUAGCGAACGAACUAGAUAUUAACAGAGAUAGGAAUGCCGACCAAGGAGAGAAGACAAAAAUAAAUAAGGAUUUUGUGGACAUUCCACCGCCAGAUCUAAAUGCAAAGCCAGUUGUUUCAAAUUCAGUCAGUGUAAAGUCACAAAACGUAGAUGAUAUUAUUAAUACGUUCAAUAAUAAUUUAAGCGAAAAACCUUCCAAGAAACGGUCGCGAAAGCGUAAAGACACAAAGAAAAGGAAAGAAAAAGAACAUCCGUACAAAUGUGGCGCUUGUAAAAAGUCACUAUCAUCGUUGAAUAAAUUGGAAUUACAUUUGUCAGGUCAUGUGAAACGAAGCAAAUUCGAAACAGAAAUUUAUAAAAACGCCUUCUUAGCUUUACAAAAAUUGAAUUACAAAAAUCAUAGAACAAAAGUAGAAAAAGGGUUUAUUUGUGAAUUCUGCAAUCAAGCAUGUGCAGGCCGAUGGGCGCUUUUUUAUCACAAUAUAUUCGCUCAUUCCAACCAAAGACCUUACCAUUGUAAGUUUUGUCCAAACAAUUAUAAGAGACCAGAGCAUUUAAAACGUCAUAUGGCAACGGAACAUGGCAGGCAGUCGGAUUGA